AUGGAGGGUUGUUAUUUGAAAGCAAUAGAAACACAGCCGCAGUUCGCAGUUGCGUGGUCCAAUUUGGGUUGUGUUUUCAAUGCACAAGGGGAAAUUUGGCUUGCAAUACAUCAUUUUGAAAAAGCUGUUCAGUUAGAUCCAAAUUUUCUGGAUGCUUAUAUCAAUUUGGGUAAUAACAAAAUAUGUAUUAAUUCUUACAGGUAUUCUUUCAUGAAACAAAUUUUCAGAGCAGUAGCUGCAUAUUUACGAGCGCUUAAUUUGGCAGGAAAUCAUGCUGUAGUCCAUGGGAACUUAGCAUGUGUUUAUUAUGAACAAGGGCUAAUUGAUUUGGCUAUCGACAUGUACCGAAAAGCUAUUGAGUUGCAGCCGAAUUUCCCUGAUGCAUACUGCAAUUUAGCGAAUGCUUUAAAAGAAAAAGGAUUAGUGUCAGAGGCGGAAGCUGCAUAUAAUAAAGCUCUACAGCUUUGUCCAACGCAUGCUGAUUCUCAAAAUAAUUUGGCGAACAUCAAAAGGGAGCAAGGAAAAAUUGAAGAUGCUACUCGUCUGUAUUUAAAAGCUUUAGAAAUUUAUCCCGAGUUUGCAGCUGCCCACAGUAACCUUGCUUCAAUUUUGCAACAGCAAGGCAAGCUUCAGGAUGCGAUUAAUCAUUACAAGGAAGCAAUUCGUAUAGCGCCCACGUUUGCAGAUGCAUAUUCUAAUAUGGGUAAUACACUAAAAGAAAUGGGCGAUGUUAGUGGAGCGCUACAGUGUUAUACUCGAGCUAUUCAAAUCAAUCCUGGCUUUGCUGAUGCUCAUAGUAAUUUGGCUAGCAUACAUAAGGAUUCUGGAAAUAUUCCUGAAGCAAUUCAGAGCUAUUCGACAGCACUCAAGUUAAAGCCUGAUUUCCCGGAUGCAUUUUGUAACUUAGCUCAUUGCUUGCAGAUUAUUUGUGAUUGGACGGAUUAUGACAGUCGCAUGAAGAAACUUGUUGCAAUUGUUGAUGACCAGCUUCAGAAAAAACGAUUACCAUCGGUUCACCCUCAUCACUCUAUGCUCUAUCCUCUGACACAUGCUACUCGAAUGGCUAUUGCUGCAAAACAUGCACAACUUUGCAUAGAAAAGAUUCAAGUAUGUCAUAAAUCACCAUACAAUUAUCCGGAUCGGAGCAGUGUUCGUAAGGCACAACGUUUGCGAAUCGGGUACGUAUCGUCAGAUUUCGGUAACCAUCCCACAAGUCAUUUAAUGCAGUCGAUUCCGGGAAUGCAUAAUCGUGAUAAUGUUGAGGUCUUUUGUUAUGCGCUUUCUCCAAAUGAUGGUACGAAUUUCCGGCAGAAGUUGAUGAAUGAAUCAGAACACUUUAUUGAUUUAUCGCAGAUUACAUGCAAUGGAAAAGCAGCAGAUCGUAUUCAUGAUGAUGGGAUUCAUAUUUUGAUAAAUAUGAAUGGUUAUACAAAAGGUGCUCGCAAUGAAAUAUUUGCUCUACGCCCCGCACCUAUUCAGGUCAUGUGGCUCGGUUACCCUAGCACUUCUGGUGCUCCAUUCAUGGAUUACAUAAUUACUGACUCUGUGACAUCACCAUUGGAACUCGCACAUGCUUACAGUGAGAAAUUAGCUUACAUGCCGCACACUUUUUUUAUUGGAGACCAUGCACAGAUGUUGAAGCAUCUUACUGAGCGGGUAAUUGUGAAGGAGAAGAAUGAUCCAACUCCAAUUGACAAAGAGACUGUCACUGUUGUCAAUUCAGUAAAUUUGGAGCCACUCUUGUCGAAAGCUGAGGUCAAGCCUUUUGUUCGAGAAGCUGAAGUGGCUCAUGGCCCAGAGCGUGACAUGAUUAAAACAGAAGUUGUUCUUCCUGUCAUCGAAGUGCCAACAACGGAACCGCUAAAGCAAAUGAUUGGAUCUGGCUUAAUUGCUGGUAAUGUCGAGGGCGUUCCCGUACAGAAUGGUCUUACUACCUUAAAUCAGACACACGUUAAGGCAGCAACAGGUGAGGAGGUGCCGCACACGAUUCUGGUCACUUCACGGCAGCAGUAUGGGUUACCUGAUGAUGCUAUUGUUUUUUGCAACUUCAAUCAACUGUAUAAGAUUGAUCCACCAACGCUAUCAAUGUGGUGUGAUAUUCUAAAAUUGGUGCCGAAUAGUAUUUUGUGGUUGCUUCGAUUUCCUUAUCAUGGAGAGUCCAAUGUAAUGCGAUUUUGUGCUGAGCGUGGCAUUGACACUCGUCGAAUCGUUUUUUCUAAUGUAGCUGCUAAAGAAGAGCAUGUAAGGCGUGGGCAGCUUGCAGAUGUUUGCUUAGAUACUCCACUUUGUAAUGGGCAUACGACUGGGAUGGAUAUUUUGUGGACAGGAACGCCAAUGAUCACGAUGCCUUUAGAGACGUUAGCGUCUCGUGUGGCUUCAAGCCAGUUAUAUGCACUUGGCGUACCGGAAUUAGUUGCAAAGGACAGAGAAGAUUACAUCAAAAUCGCAAAAAGAUUAGGCACCGAUAGAGAAUAUUUGAGUCAAAUUCGAGCAAAAGUUUGGAAGGCUCGAACGACAUCAACGUUAUUUAACGUUAGGCAAUACUGCUCCGACAUGGAGCGUUUACUGCAUAGAAUGUGGAAACGCUAUGCGGAUGGUUUGCAACCAGAUCAUAUAUUGUCUGAUCGUGAUGGGAGAGAUCUACUUGAUCGUGUAAGCUAG